AUGGCCCAUAGACUAGUAGCGAAAGGGGGCCUCGAUUUGGAGGCAUUGUCGCCUAGGGACGCCAACGCUCAGCGUAUGCCCAAGGCCAUUGAAAUGAAGACGUCGAAACCGGUCGUCCAGCUCAAGGCUGCAAAGGACAAGGAGCCACCACCACAGCCGCCCGCGAGUAUCGAGGAGCCUCCGGCCAAUGACCGUCCCAAUGGAGCUGUCUACCAGGUCGGGAGAAUGCUCGGCAAGGGUGGCUUCGCCGUGUGCUACCAGGGGUACCUCAUGCCGGAGCGCAAGAAGUACGCGCUGAAGAUCGUGCGGAGUCUGAUGCCAUCCAAGAUGCAGCAGAAGUUCCAAACCGAACUCCAGAUUCAUUCGAAAAUGAACCAGAAGAACAUUGUCCAGUUUUUCAGGGCCUUCUCGUUCCAUGAUUGCAUGUAUCUCGUUCUCGAGCUCUGCACCAACGGCUCUCUCAUGGACAUGGUCAAGAAGCGCAAGGGGUUGACAGAGCCCGAGGUUCGAUUCUACUCUGUGCAAGUGGCCGGAGCUAUCAAGUAUAUGCAUGGAAAGGGCAUCAUCCAUCGUGAUCUGAAGAUGGGGAAUAUCUUCCUCGACCACAGAAUGAACGCCAAGGUUGGCGACUUUGGACUGGCUGCUUUGCUUGUUACCGGCCGCGAUAUGCAGACCAUAAGAAGGACCACUCUGUGCGGCACGCCCAACUACAUCGCUCCGGAGAUUCUUCAGAAGGGAAAGAAGGGGCAUGACCACCAGGUUGACAUCUGGAGUUUGGGUAUCAUCAUGUUUGCCAUGUUGACAUCCAAGCCGCCCUUCCAAUCGACAAGCACCGAGGAAAUCUACCGCCGAGCGAGAGAGCGAGACUACGAAUGGCCGAAUCCGGAGACGUCACAAAAGUACAUUAGCGGGGAGGCCAAGGACUGUGUAGCCACGAUGCUCGAGGACGCGGAUAUGAGACCCGAUCCAGACAUCAUCGUGCAACAUCCCUUCUUCACUUGUGGCUAUUUCCCUGUCGAGGCCGAUAUCUCGACAAGACUCCUUACUUUGCCUCCUGACGGCUCCGAAUUCUACACCAACCGCAUGAGUGCUCAACUGCAGGCAGUCACCAAGAGAAAUAUGGAGGACAUGUGCAGGGAUUGCGGGGUUGGCCCUUGGACGCCGGUGCAGGUUGUUCACACUCAAACAUGGAAGGAAAUGGCUGCGGAGGAGAAGUCUGGGUUGACUCCCAUGAUUCCUCUGGGAGAGGACGUUGUCUACAGACCGUUUGACGACUGGCUUCGUGAGAAACGACACGCUCGCGCCCUUGCUGCCUCGACGUCUUCGCGUCCUGAUGCAGCCUCAGAGCCUCGAUUGUCUGUUUCGCAAACGGCGCCGACAGGUCUGUUGCGUCAACCUCCUCAGAGUUUUGCAGCUCAACAAAGAGCACAGAAUCGACCUCCGGCGAUGGCUGGCUCUACAAGUUCUGCCAGACCACGGCCUCCUCCGGAAGCCCCUGUCCAGCCUCUUCAGCCUGCAGAAGCACCUCGCCCGAGAUCAGUCAGACAGCAUAGCGCGCCAGAAUCUCGAACGAACCAGCUUGCUGAGGCUCCGUUGAGGAAGUCUAGUGCACGCCGGACACCACUCCCGACAACGCAGUCAGCAGGCUCUCUGCCUACCCAAGCCACGUCAUCCCAGGCCAUGUCUUCUCAGUCCUCAAACCAAGCCACAGUCACUAUGACGGGCCUCUUGGAGAAUCUCAAGAUCUCCUCUGACCAAACCGAGAGCGCGUCGCUGUUCAGUCCAGCGGAGUCUGCGGAACCGGUAGCAGGUUCAAAGCCGGAUGUGAUCCUUGAGCGACUUCGCAGGCUGCAGACCGAGUUGGAGCGCGCUCUCAACGCUCGAACUAUGGCCAUCAUCUCGUCCAAGGACACCAUCCCGCCUCAUCCCAAUGUAGUUGUGAAGUGGGUCGAUUACACGAACAAGUUUGGCCUUGGCUAUAUUUUGAACGAUGGUGGUGUCGGCUGUAUUUUGAGGGACAUUCCGACGACCGAGGCUAGCAAGACCCUAACACUGCCCUCGGCUUGCAUGCUUGUGCGUGAUGCUGAGCGACACAUUGAACGACGUCACGACGAGUCAUAUCCCGAGAGACACCAGCCGCUGCCGCCCAAGCAAGACAUCCAUUUCUACGAGAACAACGGCGAGUCAGGUCUCACUCGAGUCUCUGUCUCCUCAAAACAGUUCCGCGUGCCGGUUUAUGAGGACGGAACGCCCGGAAAGCUGAACCCUGGCAAGGAUGUCUAUGAACACAGGAAGCGAGAGCGUGUGAUUCUCUGGAAGAAGUUUGCCAAUUAUAUGAUUGCCUACGGCAGAGACGAGCCAGUCCCUGCUGAGGAGAGUGUGACUCGGCCGAUGGAGUUCUCUGUCAACAAUUCCCAGCCUUCUGACCUGGUCACGUUCUACCAACGCUUCGGUGAUGUUGGCUGCUGGGUCUUUGGUGAUGGACACCUUCAGUUCAACUUCCCCGAUCACACCAAGAUCGUUCUGAACGCCGCAGGAACAUGGUGUCACUUCUGGCACCUUCCCAUGGACGCGGCGCAGAACCUCGCAACUACUGGCAGUUUGGGCGCUGCUGCUCUUGACGAGAGGGCCAUGUUCUCCUACCCCCUGCAGACGCUGUUGAACUUCCAGACCAAGCCCUCGGCGGCCCGUUCUAGUCGCACGACCACGACAUCGCGCCGGCGCCCGGAGAUUCCAACAGAACUGCAGGGAAUACCCGCCGCCAAUGACUUCCGUCGCAAGAUCGAGUUCAUCAAGAACGCAAUCAAGGAAUGGGUCACAAAUGGCGGUUUGGGUAACAGUGCUAUGGACCGUGACCACAGACUGCGCUGGGGAGGCCACCGUGAGACCGUCAUGGGCAACAGCUUUAUCAAGGGUGUCUGGGUAACCGUUGGCGCUCGCUGGGGUGACACUAGGCUGUCGGCCUACAUUGAUCCCGCCAACCCCAUGGAAAUGGGCGAGGAGAUCGACGAAUCCAAGAGACGGCGUCACUGA